GGUCAUGCCAGCGUCUUCUGAUAACCCUGAAAUUGUACCUGCAGCAAGCUGUGGCCUGGAAGGGGACUUUAAGUCCCCCACAAUUGCCAGCAAUCCUUCCGCCAGGCAAAACACAUCAUCUAAGGGAAAGAAGUCAGGUUUGCUUAGGGCGUGGCAGCUUCGGAUAAAGGCAGGACUCCGCCUCGCAGCCCCGAUUUCUCCCGGAACCUGUGCUCAGCCUGGUGAACCGCACAGAAGCUGGGGCUGGGGCAAGGCGAAUACCAUCUGUUAGUCUUGGCUGGAUGACAUCAUGGGAAGGGGGAAUAGUGGGGCCUUGCAGGCCAGAGGUGGCUUGGAGGAGCCCCUGGAAAGAGGCUUAAGAGGCCCGAGUUUCACCCAGUCCCCACUCCACGGCGUGGCUGCGGCUUAUCUCUCAGCCCAGAGAGAUGCCAGCCUUCCUGCCCUGGGCCAGCGCUCUGACAUGCAGAAGGUGACCCUGGGCCUGCUUGUGUUCCUGGCAGGCUUGCCUGUCCUGGACGCCAACGACCCAGAAGAUAAAAACAGUCCUUUCUACUAUGACUGGCACAGCCUCCAGGUUGGCGGGCUCAUCUGCGCUGGGAUUCUGUGCGCCAUGGGCAUCAUCAUUGCCAUGAGUGGAAAAUGCAAAUGUAAGUUCGGCCACAAGCCCAGUCACCAUCCAGGGGAGACUCCACCUCUCAUCACCCCAGGCUCAGCCCAUAACUGAUGAAGACAAACCAGCUGAAAUUGGGUGGAGGACCGUUCUCUGUCCCCAGGUCCUGUCUCUGCACAGAAACUUGAACUCCAGGAUGGAAUUCUCCCACCUCUGCUGGGACUCCCUUGCACUGCAGGGCCUCAUCUCACCUCCCGCAGGAGGGUCUCUUUGUUCAAUUUUGUUUUUUUUUUUUUUUUAUCUAAAAUGAUUGUGCCUCUGCCCAAGCAGCCUGGAGACUUCCUAUGUGUACACUGGGGUGGGGCUUGGGGCACCAUGAGAAGGUCGGCGUGUCCUGGAGGCUGACACAGAGGCUGGCACUGAGCCUGCUUGUUGGGAAAAGCCCUCAGGCCUGUUCCCUUGUGGCUUGGGGCAUGGCACAGGCCCGCCCUCUGCCUCCUCAGCCAUGGGAACCUUAUAUGCAAUUUGGGAUUUACUAGUAGCCAAAGGAAUGCGAGAGCUCUAACCAGAUGGAACACUGGAACAUUCCAGUGGACCCUGGACCAUUCCAGGAAAACUGGAAUAUAGGAUCGUCCUACCAUGAUGCAAGUGUUCAGACAGUUUAUAACAGUGAGACUCCUGUGACCCUUUCAUUCACCCCCCAGACCUCAGUUUAUUCCAAGAUCUUUCCAAAUACCCAAAUGUCCCUGCAAGCCCGUUAAAUAAUUCCCUAUGCUACCCUUAAUGACAUACAAUGACCACAUAGUGUGAGAAUUUCCAACAAGCCUCAAACUCCCUUGAGCCUCCCCAAAACUUAAUAAGGCAUCCAAAAUGUUCCCGUGAACUACCCCACAAAAUGCCUAAAACUCAAAACACCCAAAAAUAUCUCCCCCAAUGUCCUGAAACAUGAACCCAAAUAGAGACCCACAAUAAACUCGUGACUUGUCCCCUCA